AAGUCGAAAUAGUAGCAGAGCAGAGAUGCAUCUGCACUAGAAGAGUUCAAAAAGCUUAUCACACAAACACUAAGCAUCGUCUUCUAACUACUCGUGAGAUACAAGAGUUAUGGAAUCAAGAAAAAAAACAACCUGUUUCUAUUGCAACAAUUCGUCGUGCUUUGAAAAAAACUGAUUCAGAGGAAUUUCAAAUGUAA